GGAGCGGAGCAGAACGAGAACGCGGCGAACGAAAAGACCUCACCGUUUGCUUCCUCCUUCCUUCUGCUGUACGCCCUCUGCCGGUGGUGCUGGCCUGGGCAGCCCAACCGCAAACAACGAGCUCGUACAAUAGUGACAGCAUUUGUCAGUGCUGAAUCGUCCGCGCUGUAGAAUAGAUGCCUCGGGAUCGCUCCGAGCCGCAGAAGGAGUACUCGCGCCUGUUAUCGCUUUGUUGCGGUGAGGUACGGUUCAUGUGCCUGAUAUCGGAAGUACGCCCUGUGCUUGACGACUCCGGGUUCCGUUCGCCGGCAAAUAGUGGAUCUGUACUGGUGUGAAGCGUUGGCCCCAAACGAAGCCGAUCGACACGGGAACUCUCAUGCACCGGUAGCCCUCUAAUCCCAAUCAACCGCCGUGGAGCUGGAGAACAGAUUUUUGGAGACAUUUGGGUAUAUGAUCCCAAUAGCUCCAAUAGCUGAGUUAUCCUGGAGCGUUAGGACGCAUCCUAGCAUCGAGCGCCUGUCGAGGAAUACGCUCAGCGCAACGCAUCAAUCAAACCUCAUUAACGCGUACGACGAGCUCAACCUUGGCGUAGGACGGCAGCGUUCGGGAUAGAUAUUUCGUGGAUUGAUUCGCCGUGGAUCUGUGCUGAAGCUGGUCGGUGCAGAAUGCAAUAUGGUUGGGCCCGCGCAUUCUUACGCUAUUAGGGUAACGCCUUGUGUGUUCUGGUCGAAGCAGCUAGUAGCAGCACAUCCGGAGCAGCAGCAGCACCAGAAGCGGUUGUUGUUGUUGUCUUUAGACCAUUCCCAUCGUAACCAAGCGUUCGCUUGCACAGCUAUCAAGAAUGCGAUGCAUUAGCGUCUGGCCGGAGACUGUGCCAGUGGUGGCUCCAACAAUCGACAGUGACGAACUGUAGAAAAAAAAACGAACAGAAGCAAUUUCGUGUUUCCCUACGUGACAGUGACAGUGUAAUGUUCAGUGUAAUUCUUACGUGUCUCUGUUUUAUCUCAACUGUCAUACAUCGGGUGCAAAACACCGUGUGCGCGAUAGAAAAUAAGCGUGUAUGUAAAAAGUGUGUGUGCGUGUGCAUAUAAUUACUAUUGGUUCGAAUUGUACAAUUUUUUGGAUUUUUCAACCAACGAACGCGACGUUUCAGUUCUUUGCCGUACUUCCUGGCCUCAUCUUGUAACGGGGAAGUAGCUUGGUGCCAACAGAAGGAAACAUUGCGUGUGCAGCAGCGUAAGGCAGAAGAAGUAAUCCCCUCGCAGUACGUACACAGAGACGCCCGUCUGGAUUUGCUCCGCCAUUAAAGCAAAGCGGAAGACUAACGGCCAUAAACGUCAAACUUGGGGACCUCAUCAGCUGGAGACACACAAACACACAGCGCUCGGGGGGACAUUGCAAGAUCUCUAGCCCAGGCCCCGCACAGCUCACGCUACUCGCAACCCCAUCACGCCUACCGCAACAGGGACCACCGGGAGGAUGGAACAGAUCGUUACCACGAUUGUCUGCUUUUUAAUGAUUUUGGCCAUCGUUCGCGUGGGCAGCGUACCUGCACCGAGUGACAUCAUAUCUGGGCGUGAGUUCCUAUCGAUACUUAUGAAACCGACCGACGGCGAAACGGUUGCCGCGCCUAAGCAACAACCGUCCCGCAGCUUCCGUGGGCUGCGCAAGUUUCGACACUUCUUCUACGAUCAGUCCAACGCGGACGAUGAUACAAUACUGCCGAUCGAGGCACUGUUCACGUCCCAGGAAGAUCUGGACCGGAGCAGCACACGGUUUUACGGUUCCAGGAAGGGAGGACACCGAGCGGACAGCGGUAGCACGGCAACGCCUGCUACGACAACACUCGUUCCAACAGUGGGGUUGGUGAAUGAUCCGGUAGAUCCGGUCACUACCUCAGCACCCUCGUGGCUCGUUGACGGCGAGCCAACGACGCCGCAGACGGAGGCGAAUGGAACGGCCGGCGAGAGUACAACGGAGCUCACGACACCACCGGAAGACAUUAGCACGGUAACCGUUGUCGGGAUGUCGGUGGAGGAGGAGAAAGCCACUGAGAUGCCGACGGUAAGGACCGUCGGACGGUACGCGAAGCGUGCCAAAGCGAUCCACCAACCGGUAGAGUAUGUGAAGGAGGUGUCCCCCGUCCGUCACUCGAAUGCGCACCGUAGCGAGCUUUCGGUCGAGGAGCGUGGACCGACGAUCAGCAAGGAGGAGCAAGGAGAGCCGGACUCGGCGAAGGGAGAAUCCUCCUCAGUAGCGAAGCUGGUGGCACCACCGGGCACUAUCUCCCAUCAGCGCUAUCGUACGCAGCGCAAGCAAGAGUCUAACGGUGGACCCGCCUUCCAAACGGUGAGCUAUCGUGACCGAAAACCGGCCGACGGUUCAGCGUGGCGAGAUAGCAACGGUGAGCCACGGUUGGAGAGCGACCGAAAGGCACCGCUCAAGUCGACGCGGGAGAAACCCAUCCCGCAGCUGUACUCCGAACCGGCACGGUUUUAUUCCGAACCGGCACAGUUCUAUUCCGAACCGGCGAAGGUGUACUCGGAACCGGCCAAGGUGUACGGCGAACCGGAGAAGGUAUACUCGGAACCGGCACGGGUGUAUUCCGAACCGGCCAAGGUGUAUUCGGAACCGGCGAAGAUCUACUCCGAGCCGGCGAAGAUAUAUUCCGAGCCGGCAAAGAUUUACUCGCAACCAUCCAGCUACUGGCAAACGGCUUACUCACCAAACGAUCCGUCGACAACCACGACGACGACGACGACCACAACGAUGGCACCAACAACGACGGAGCCCACCGCAACCGAACCGUACACAUCGGCGAUGUCCGCCGGCACUACUGUCGGCUCGGUGCGGUUAGUUUUUAACGAGCUGGACAAGAUCCCGUACGACCAGCUGAAUGCACCGACGGUUGACGGUGAUGGCGUUGGAUCGAUCCAUAACGCAAUCGGGAAGUUUGUGCCGAAGCAAAGCCACGAUAAGCCGGAACAGCAGGGCGAUUCGCAGCAGGAGGAUGGAUUUGCUGGACAGCCGCCGGCAGGCCCCGUUGUGCAAACGCUAGCACCGGUACUCGGGUCCGGCGACGAUUCGAAGGUUGGGUACGUGGUGGAGGGACGCAACUAUCGGAAGUAUCGGGUGGAGGAGAAAACGCCGGACGGUUUCAUCGUCGGCGAGUAUGGCGUACUGUCGCACAACGAUGGUAAUCUGCGGGGCGUUCGCUACACGGCCGAUUCGGACAUUAAUCCACGGCUGAUAUAUGACGCGCUGUUAAAGUUUCUCUCCCUAUGAAGUUGCUCCCGGUACUGGAAACCGACAGCUGCACCGAAAGUCGUCUGAAGUCGAGUCAUAUGUAGCCAAAAAGUAGCAAAACAGUCAAGCAGGGCGCGAUGAGCAGAUCUGAGCGGAUGUAAGCGGAGAUAGAAACAUGAAGGUGAAAGUAGAAUAGGCGGAGAGAGACAGAGAGGGGGAGACACAGAGAGAGAAAGAGCAAAGUAGCUAGAGAAAGAAAAGGAUGUCGGGUUGGAAGCUGUACAUGCAAAGAUGUAGUUGAUGCCAUAUUCCUAACCAACUCGACAGAAAGCAUUCGGAGCCUUGAAGAAACCUUGAAGAAGCCUUGAGAAUUUAGCAGCUUUCCUCCUCUACACCUGCAAUAAUAACUCCACUGCCCCAAACCAGAUUUCCCCGAUAGAAAAAUGUAUCGUUAGUAACGGUUGGGUGACUCGAAACAGGCUUCUGGACCUAGAUAUCUGAUAGAGUACCGUAUAAUAAGUAAUCCCCUCCUCAGGCUCGUCAGUUUGCCAUAUAUAUAUGUAUGCUUCCGUUUCAUUACACUAAGUGUGUUAGGCGUUGUUGUGGUUGAAAGUAACUUGCCAAAAGAAUGCUAGCAGUGUACCCGGUCAGGUAUGGAUUUAGCGGGAGAUAGACGACGGUGUUAGUUUGCUGAAGUACACUAAUUUUAUAAGGCCAUUCCGCGCUGAAGCGCUAAUGAUUCGGUGGUGUAGCAGUCACUCGCCACGGUUGCAGUAGGUCGGUAUCAGCACGUCAAACACUCUCGAUGGUACCAUCCUUCACGUCACCCCUUUUAUUGAAUUAAAAUGUGAUAAUAGUGUAGAGAUAUUUAACUUAACUUAACGUAGCCGGUAAGCGAUUGGUUUCGUCCGUUUCGUCAGUCUUGCCGGGAGCUGCCACUGCUGUUGCGACUACUGUUUCUGCAGGAGUGCUGUGUUUUUCGUUUGCUCAAGUCAGUUUUAAUGUUGCCGAUGCAAAGCGAGCUAGGCAUGGGAUGUAUCUGAUCAGAUGAGGGAUAGGUAGGAUCUAAUAGGUAUAGUGCGAUCCUCUUGAGUAUGUUUGCCCAGGGUUUGCCAUACGGAACCUAGCAGCCUGGUUGGCUUGCAAGUCUUUUAUACGUCUACACUUUAGUUGAAGGCAGGAAGCACUACGCGUUUAGGAUUACUGGGAAGGGUUUGAUAGGAUAGGAAUGUAUCGAUUGUCAGGCUAGAGCUACCAGGGGAUACAUUAGAUGUUAAGGUAGGAUAAACGCAUAUAAGUAGAUUGUGUAUUGCUGAUGCAGCUUUUUUGUAGUUUUAGGUCAGGGUGAGCCGGAUCAGGUCGGAUACAGGUCCACAAAAAGGAAGUUGUAUCAUUUGCUUAAAGCCUAUCAAUCAGGAAGAUAACUAGUGAAGAAACUUAAGCAGAUAAGAUUGUGGUCGUUCAUUCCAGAGCCUCCAGAAGCUCUUAAUAGAUACCCGCUCUCUCUCUCGCUCACGCAACUUCUCUAGUUGUCUCUUUCUCUCGCUCUCUCUCUUGCUCUUGCUUUCGCCGAAAAACAGCUGAAGAUAGCGUGUCUUCUGUCUUCCUGCCGAACCGGAUGUCCCGUCCCUCCCUUCCCACGGGAACCGAAUCAUUACUUUUUCGGAUAAGAAUUGUGUAAUAAAUGUACUCCUCUUUCCUCAGCAAA